AUGACUGACCAACAAAAAUUAUUAAUUAUAUUACAGCCUAAUAAUGUUGAGAGAAAAGAAAGGACUUUAUUAAAUGCUCCAAUUAAUAUUCGUUUUUAUGGUGCUUGUAUAGCCUGUACUGUUAUUGAUGUUAUUUUAAUUUUUUUAACUUUACUUGCAUAUUUUUAUCCAAAUCCUUUUCGAAGAACUCCCCUUUAUAAACAAAUAUUUCAAAAAUUGGAUCGUUUUACUAUUCAAUUUUGGUAUUCAAUUACGUUGUUGGCUUUAACUAUUUUCUUUUUUCUUCAUUUUUUAAGUGUUGGGGGUUCUUUAUUAAGUAUUCAGGUAAAAAAAGGGAAGGAAAGCAGAAGGCGGUCGGAACAGUCAGAGGUGUCGGAAAUCGGAAGAGCCGGAAAUCGGAACUUCAAAAAUUGUCGGAAAUCGGAAGGAAAAAAACUCGGAAAUCAAAAUUCCGACCCACCUCUGAAGGAAAGGAAUAGGAAAUUAUUUAAAAAAAAUAUUUCUUUAAAAAAGAUUCGAAAACCUCUAAUAUUUAUUCCUCAAUUAAUUCUUUGUUUAUUGGCCGUUCUUUUACAACUUUUACUUUUCUCUGUUUGUAUAACAAUUAGUAUUGUUAGUGAUGAUACAAUGUGGGGAAUUGCUAUAUUCUCUUUAUUUUUGUUAUUUUUGUUUGGUAUUUAUUUGGCAAUUUCUGUAUUUACUUUUAAACAAUUAUUGUUUGAAUGUGAUGAUUUUAAGAAAAUGUUGGCUAAUUCAAAAUCUGUACAUUUUAAAGAAGAAAAUAAACGAAAAAAAUAA